AUGUCCGAGAAUUGCUUUUCGAGCUUUAGUGACUUGGAUAAGAGUUACAAUGAGUAUCUCAAACCCGACUGGUCAUUCAAUUGGGCAGACGAAGGAGACUCGGAAAUGGACAUAUCCUUCGAGGACGAGACGCACUCUGAUAGCUCAGUAUCCGUGUCAGACGAGGCACUAAUGACAGACGACUUCGACCCCAACGAGGCAGUAAUGUCAGACGACUUCGACCCCGAUGCGGCAGAGUAUGAGUAUAUCUUUGAUUGGGAAGAUGAGGAAACCGAGGACUCGACUCUAGCUGGGCCACGCAUUGAUAGCCACGCUAUUCGGAAUGCCUACGAGCGAUUCGGCUACGUUUUUGACAAACCUCGUCCAUAUAUGGGACUGGGUUAUUAUGGCUGCGACAAUGAAAUCCCUCCAUCAUCCCACAGCAAGGCAACCGAGUCUGAAAAGGUACAGCUCCUCACGAGGCUCAUCAGCGAAGAAUUCGAAGCGCGCCAGCUCUACAUCACAGAGGUAGGCGAACCCGAGUCGGUCCACCACUUCAACUGGUUUGGGAAGCCCGUGCCUCUACGGAGCAAGACGCCGCCUGAAGUCUCACUGUUUUUCCAGCUUACGUGCCCGAAAACACUCAGAGCCGGAGAGGAGCUCCGGACGGAAGUCCUGCUGAAGAAUGCGAUGGUCUACGUAGAUCCGGUAGUUCUUUGUGUCAAAAGGCAAGCACGAGGGCGUCCGAAGAAUAACGGCGAGUUUCUUGAAUGGCUAAGUGUGAAUACCUCGAAAUUCUAUAGCCCACACGGCCGGUGGCAGAAUGACCGCGCUGAGAUUGAGGAAAGGAGAUAUGUGGAUGACAUUGGGGACCCCCUGGACUAUCUGAUGGACGAAAUCGCCAUAGGUUCCGGUUUCAUAGAGGCGUUCAACAAACUCCCGUCCGUCAAGGACUGGCUCGAGGAGCUAGAUGCGCGGCUCUACCUGUCCGGAAAGACGCGGCCGGACCGACCGAGGAAGAGAAAGGAUCUUUUGAGGAGUGCUAAGCUCAGGGGAGACUGGUGGGAUAUCAGCUUCUGGGCCUGUACAUGA